UUCUUUAAAUUGUGUAUUUGUAUUAUUUUACUAGACCCAAAGUAGGCCCUAACAAAAUUCCGAAAGAAUUAUUCGUCACAGAAAGCUGCAACGUCACAAUAGCAAUUAUGACGUCAUUAUACCUUAGACUAUUAGCAACGAAUGUCGGAAUAGUGUUGUCAUCUGAUCAGAAGCAAAGCCUUGUACUUGAAAACAAUGAACACCCAUAACCAGAACGAGAUCUUGGAUUUUGGAGAGGACCCUGUGACUAGUGUGAGUAAGGAAGAUGUCCCUGUGCCCCAAGAGCGUGUAGGUCAGGCAGAGGUCAAAGGUGCUGCAGAUGUAGCAACCGAAUCCUCAACAUCAGAAGUGACCAAUUCUAAGAUUUCUGCAUUUCAGUUGAGUGAUGAAGGCAAACACUUCAUGGAGCCAAAGAUACCUAAGGAAGACUUACAAAGUCAGUUAUUGGAUCUGGGAGAAGAGAUUCAAGGGGCUGGAGCCAGCACAAGCUGCAAUGAAUUACCUGGAAUAUUGGAAGAGGAACCACAAAUCGACGACUCUGUGAUACAACAUAUGAAGAGACUGACGCCCAUUUUUGAUGCGAAAUCUGGGAUUGUUAUAGGAGAGAUUCACGCUCAGUACCUUCCCCGCGUAUUGGACAAAGACGACAGAACAGCGAUAAACACAGCUGAAACCCAUACCAGUGGAACAAACACUAGUGCAAAAGAACCCAAUGAGUCCCAGGUUAGAUAA